AAAUCACUUUCCCUGUUUUUCUACUUUUCCAGCCUCUUCUUCAUCAUGAAUGAUCUUGUGCCAUAACAAAAUCAGUAAAGUCAACAUACAAUUUCUUCAAUUGCAGCAAACCUUGCACAAAUCGUAAGAAGACUUCAUCGCUGCAUAUAACCAGAAUUUGGAGGUUUUGAUUUCUCCAUAGCUUCUUCAAAACCCUAGCAAUUUCUCUGAGAUAUUGAGUGUGAGUGUCAACCCAAAGACGAGUAUGGCGAGCAACGUGCCAAUCGAAUCAAAUUACGAUCGUGAAUCCGAAUUAAAAGCUUUCGAUGAUUCAAAAUCCGGUGUGAAAGGCUUUGUCGAUGCUGGAUUGACAAAAAUCCCUCGUUUUUUCCACCAUCCUCGAUCCAUAAUCAACGAGCCAAAAUCAUCAACCCUUCAGACUCAGGUGGAUAUCCCAAUUAUAGACCUCAAAGAAACCAACGUCCGGGCAAAGAUUGUGGAAAAUGUUCGAUAUGCUGCUGAAAACUGGGGAUUUUUCCAGAUAAUCAAUCAUGGGAUCCCGCAGAGGGUAUUGGAUGAGAUGAUUGAUGGAGCACGUGGUUUUCAUGAGAUGGAGACAGAGGAGAAGAUCAAGUAUUACUCUCGUGAUUACCAGAAGAAGUUUUCUUAUACCAGCAAUUUUCGUCUGUUUACAAGUGAUGCAGCCACCUGGAGUGAUACGUUUAUGUCGGUUAUGGCUCCUCAACCCCCUCAACCUGAAGAACUUCCCCCAAUUUGCAGGAACAUUAUAACUGAGUACUCUGACCAAAUCAUGAAAUUGGGGUUUACUCUUCUGGAGUUGUUAUCGGAGGCUCUUGGUCUAAAACCAGAUCACCUCAAAAGUUUGGGAUGUGGUCAAGGACUUUUCAUCUUGGGUCAUUACUACCCACCUUGUCCUGAACCAGAAUUGACAUUUGGUGCAAACUACCAUACUGAUUCUGGUUUCUUGACCAUAGUUCUACAAGAUUCAUUGGGUGGCCUUCAAGUCUUACAUCAAAAGCAAUGGGUUAAUGUCUCACCGCUUCCGGGUGCUUUAGUCGUUAAUAUCGCGGAUCUUUUGCAGCUCAUCACGAACAAUAAAUUCAAAAGUGUCCAUCAUAGAGUAUUGGCACAAAAAAGAAUACCGAGGAUAUCGGUAGCAGCUUUCUUGCGGCCGUUUCAUGAGGGGAUCGAGCCGGUUGUUUACAGGCCGAUCAAAGAGUUGGUAUCUGAAGAAAACCCUUGUGUAUACAAGGACACUAGCUUGGACGAAUUUGUGAGGGUUCAAAAGAAUGCUGAAGGAACAUCUGGCCUUGCUCCUUUCAAGUUGGAUCCAUGAAGGUCUACAAGUGUGUUUAUUGCACCUAGCUUGCGAGUUUGAUUCGAAUAAGUUAUGGUAUUUGGUGAUUUCUAUAAUGUUGUUUAUGAUUACUAAAAACGUUGUUUGUGUGUCAACUUUUAUGGUAUGUGGUUAUUUCUAAUGUUGUUUUUGAGUACUAGAAAUAUUGUUUGUGUUUAAACGGAUGUGUCAACUUUAUGGUAUGUGGUGAUUUUAAUGUCGUUUAUGAGUACUA